AUGUCGAAUGAUGAAAAUCUUGAACGUAUAAAAAUGUCGAAAGGCUCGUCAUUACGCGUCCCACCAGCAGCUUAUGUUCCACAAACAGUUGCGGAACGUGGUGGUAAAUUGGCUAUCGGCAAUUUACAAUUGACUCCAAUGACUUCAUUGGCUCAAUUAAAUAUUCACGCCCUGUGCGAUGAUCUUAUGCGAGGUUUGAUGGCCAAAUUAGACAUUCCCAUACUUGAAUGGGAACUUCAUCGGCGAGUACGUAUUACCAUUCAAAAACAAAAAAAUUAA